AAACCAUCAGAUCCGCCUUCGAGGUCAUUCCAAUGUGAUGAAAAGGAUAAGCUAGGAUCCAUGAGUCGUGGAUCUAAAUGAGACGUUUUCCCCGCCGUUGAGAAGUUUGAUGAUUCAAUUUCAUCUACGCUAGCAUCAAAACAAAGACGUUAAACUGUAUUCACAAUGGCCUCGAGAGCAGACCCAAAUGUCCCGUUGCUUAAGACGUGCCAGACGUGUUUUCAUGCUAAGAUUCGAUGCGAGAAAUCGCAGGAGUCUGGAAAAUGCGACAGGUGUUUGCGCUUGAACAAGACAUGUGUCUUUAAUCCUUCUCGGCGACGAAAGGCUUUGAGGCCUGGGCCGUCAAGGAAUCUUGAAGCUGCGAGUCCUACCAGAUCAAGGUCACCAUCUUUGACCUCGGCCAAUGCGACUUCAGCAAACGUUACGGAUACUUCACCUGGUGUGUCCACGACACCAGCCAGCAUCGAUACGGAGGCAUCUCACAACCCGUUCUCCAGAGGAAUAUUGUCAUUUGAGAAGGGGCAAGAGUUUCUUGAUACUUUUAGAAUGCGCAUGUCGCCUCAUUUUCCGUUCGUGGUGGUUGCAGAGUCGGUAACCAUUCAGGGGUUGGUUCAAGACAAACCAACAUUGUGUGUUGCUAUACUUGCGGCGGCUUCACACGAGGAUCUGAAGCUUCAGCAAGAUUUGGGGAAGCUCUUCAACGAAAUUGUCCUUGUCAGGAUGAUAAAGGGGCCUUUUGCAAGUCUGGAUAUGCUGCAAGGACUGUUAGUGCAUUUGGCAUGGGCGCAUUUUCAUCAAGGAACAAUGAAGUAUACCCAGCAUUUAUCACUUGCAGCAAGUAUAAUAUCAGAUAUGAGACUUGAUCGACCAAGAGUUGCAAGUCUAUGGGCUUUGAAUCGAGAGAGUAAGCACGGGUCUGGUGAAAUGACACAUGAUGAAAUGAGAGCUUUGGCCGGGACUUAUUAUCUCUCUUCAAGUUCGGCUGUCUUGCUACAAAAGUCACAUCACUUUCGAUACUCUCCAUUUAUCCUCGAAUGCUGUCACAACCUUUUGUCCAGGGGAACCGCUCCUUCUGACAGACAUCUUCCAUACAUCAUUUAUCUUCAGAAGCUUACCGAAGAGGUCGACGAUGCAGUCAUUGAAGCCACAGGAGCAAUGCGAGGGUCAAGACAGGAUAAGCUGCCUGCUGAGCUACAUAGAAUCAGAGAGCGAUAUACGUCGACAAAAUCAUCCUUGCCAUUUCCGCUCAGCGAGAGUCCCACAAUUCUUCUGCAAUUACAUGUCCUUGACCUCCUUAUCUGCCAACCUUCACCAGAUGGCGUCUCAUACGGUCCAAACGGCUUCCAAAGUCUUCAGCAAGGCGCAGACCAGGGUCGUCUUCUAGACUGGCUCUCACAAAGCAUGUCUGCGGCAAAGUCCCUAAUAAGCGUGAUCCUCCUUCUCCCUCAAGGCGAUGAAGAUACAAUGCCCAACAUAGGCUGGAUCAUGCUAUACUGCGCAGUCUCACUAUCAGUACGACUUGACCUUGUAGCAGCACAACCCGAAAACGCACAAACUGCGGGUCAUCUUCGACGUAUUCUCGACAUGCCUCACACCCUUCGUCAAAUCGUCCUACGCAUGGAAUCCGCUUCAAACUCGAACCCAGGUGAUGGUGAAUCAGACCCAUACUUUGGCCUUGCGAGAAGAGCCCGGCGUAUCGAAAGAUGGUAUCUUGAGCGCUGUGGCCCCGUUGAAUCGCCUGAAGUCGGGAGUCUGUUCGGAUCUACCGAGACAUCGCCUUCAAACCCAUUUACCGCGGAUAUUGGACUUACACCAUCGUCUUUUCAAGAUGCUGGCUUGGUGCCGAGUCUUCAAAUAACGGGCGAGUCAGAAGAUACGUGGAUGACCAACAUAUUGGCAGAUCUAGAAGUUGAUCCAGGGAUGGAAAGUCUGCUGUUCACUGGACCUUUUGACUUUCUUGGUGAGCGUCAGUCAUAGCGGCGAGGAGCUACUUUAUAUACUUGUGUACGGAUACGGAUAAGGGGAAGCGUCGGAGUUGGUGAUAGCAAUAAAAUCACGUCCGUUGG